AUGGCUUCGACCAAUACUUCCGAGUCAUUGGGCAGCAACCAAGGACUUUUGUAUUCGCUCCAACAACAUGCGACAUCACCAAUCAUUACCUGGCUGUUGCUACCACUCCUGGGCAUACCUUUCCUCCGCCAUGUCUUGCGACAAAAGGCAAACGAGCCCCCGAGCUUGCCUGGCCUCAUCCCCUAUGUUUCAAAUACAUAUCAGUACAUCACCGACAAUAGCAAAUUCCUCGAGCGUGCCACCGAAGCACUGAAGAAGAGCAGCGUCGUGAAGUUCAACCUCGGCGCUGACACUGUAUAUUUAGUCGCGGGCUCUCACAAUGUGCAGAAGCUAUUUCGCAAUAGCUCAAAUAACACGCUCAGCUCUGACAAGUUCAUCGUCAUGGUCAAUGGGCGUGUACAAGGAAUGACUGACGAGGAUGUGGCCGUGAUGUAUAACGAUAGAUCUGGUCGACUUAAGACACCCGCUGCAGGUACUGAGAGCAUGCCUGAGAACCAGAGGUUCUGGGUCGGCUUGCAUCACGUCUUCAAUGCGCAUCUUUUUCGCGCCGAGGCUACUGCGAGGUUAGCGGAGUCGUUCAUCACCUUUUUCGGAGAGAAGCUCGACCAGCAGCCGCGUGAUGAGUGGCAAACCUUGCAACUGUUCAAGUACCUCAAGAAGGAUAUGGCCGAGGCUGCGACGAUCUCACUUGCAGGGCGAAAGCUGAUUGAGGAUCAUCCGGAAUUCGUCGACAUCUUUUGGGAAUUCGAUACGAUUGCGAUGCAGCUCAUGUACGGCCUUCCAAAUUGGAUUAAUCCUAGGCCGAAACAGAUCCAGCGCAAGACCCUAGCCAUGAUGUCGGACUUCCUAACUGACGCGUGGGCCAAAUUUGACUGGAACGGACCUGAUGCCGACGCGGACUGGGAGCCGAUCUUUGGCUCGAGACUCCAACGUGAACACUCCAAGUUUUGGCAGCAAAAGGGAUUCUCGCUUCAGUCGCGAGCUGGAAUGUACAUCGGAACUUGGGCCGUCAUGGAAGUGAUUAAAGACCGGUCGCUCUUCCAGGCGGUCCGCGAAGAGGUCGAUUCAGUAUCAGUCACCGACCCCAAGACUGGAAAACCAACGUUUGACGUGGCAAAGCUGGUUACCCUACCCUUGCUUCAGUCAAUCUACGUGGAGACACUGCGAAUGCAUGUGUCCAUUAACAUCACCCGUGAAGUUAUGGAGCCGACGGAACUGGGUGGGUAUCACCUGAGUAAAGGCUCUCUGGUGCAAGCACCAACGCAGAUUGGGCAUCGUGAAGAGUCAGUGUGGGGUGUCGAGGGGCACCCUGCGUCAGAAUUCUGGGCGGAACGUCACAUCAAGUACGUCGAGAAGCAGGAUGAAGACGGCAAACCUCAGAACGUCAAGGAAUUCUCCAUGACCGGAAGACCGAGUGACUUCUUCCCUUACGGUGGUGGUGUGUCUAUGUGCCCGGGGCGUUUCUUUGCCAAGCAGGAGAUUAUGCUGGCUGUCGCUAUGAUUGCGUCUCGGUUCGACAUUGAAUUUGAAGAUUGGGUUAACUUUGACGGGUCGCGCUCGGAAAGGCCUCCUAUGAACGACAAGGCGUAUGUAGGUGCAGGAGCUGUGCCACCGGACAGAGACAUGCGCAUACGCUGGAAGAGACGUUGGUGA